CUCUUACCACACCCCGAGGCUCUUGGGAGGAGCUUAGAGCCAGCGGCAGUGCCAGGAUGCUGCCUGUGAUCGUACCACGUUCAGCUGCCUCCUGGGUCCCGUCACAUCCUUCUUGCUCCACCACAGGGUGCACAGGAUGGAAACUGUUCUCUCCUCUUUGGAAGACAUUGUGGAGUUUGGCUGCAUAGCGUUGUGGCUGGAGACCGAAGCAGCGGUCGCUUUCUCAGGCUUUCUGUAGCCAGCCUGUGCUGGGGGAAAGGAGAGUGCUUCAUGGCUGAAAGGCGCAGGAAGAUGGAAAGACAAGGGGUAGGCCGGGUGCUCAGGAUCCUCCGGAACCAGCUGCCUCGAGUCCGAGCAGGACCUCCCCAGGAUGGUCUAGGGGAAUCUGUCAAGGAACCAGAAAGGACCCAGGAGCAUACUCUUCCCAGCUUUGCUGGGGGGCAACACUUCUUUGAAUACCUUGUGGUGGUUUCUCUCAAAAAGAAGCGUUCAGGAGAUGACUAUGAGCCCACCAUCACCUACCAGUUCCCCAAGAGGGAGAACUUACUUCGGGGCCAGCAGGAGGAGGAGGAGCGGUUGCUCAGCGCCAUUCCCUUGUUCUGCUUCCCAGAUGGGAACGAGUGGGCACCUCUCACCGAGUAUCCCAGGGAGACUUUCUCUUUCGUCCUGACUAAUGUGGAUGGGAGCAGGAAGAUUGGAUACUGCAGGCGCCUACUGCCCGCUGGCCCUGGCCCUCGCCUUCCUAAAGUGUACUGCAUCAUCAGCUGCAUCGGCUGCUUCGGCUUGUUCUCCAAGAUCCUGGAUGAAGUGGAGAAGAGGCAUCAGAUCUCCAUGGCUGUCAUCUACCCGUUCAUGCAGGGCCUCCGGGAGGCUGCUUUCCCUGCUCCUGGAAAGACUGUGACCCUCAAGAGCUUCAUCCCUGACUCAGGCACGGAGUUCAUUUCUCUGACACGGCCCCUGGAUUCCCACCUUGAACAUGUGGACUUUAGUUCUCUGUUACACUGUCUCAGCUUUGAACAGAUUAUUCAGAUCUUUGCCUCUGCAGUGCUGGAAAGAAAAAUCAUCUUCCUGGCAGAAGGUCUCAGCACCCUGUCUCAGUGCAUCCACGCUGCUGCUGCACUGCUCUACCCCUUCAGCUGGGCACACACCUAUAUUCCUGUUGUCCCCGAGAAGCUUCUUGACACCGUCUGCUGCCCCACCCCCUUCAUGGUUGGAGUGCAGAUGCGCUUUCGGAAGGAGGUUAUGGACAGCCCAAUGGAAGAGGAGGUCCUGUUGGUGAAUCUUUGUGAAGGAACAUUUUUACUAUCGGUUGGUGAUGAAAAAGACAUUCUACCACCAAAGCUACAGGACGACAUCUUAGACUCUCUUGGUAGGGGGAUCGAGGAAUUAAAGACUUCAGAAGAAAUCAAUGAGCAUGUUUCAGGUCCUUUUGUGCAGUUCUUUGUGAAGACUGUGGGCCACUAUGCCUCCUAUAUCAAGCGGGAGGCAAAUGGGCAAGGUCACUUCCAAGAACGGUCCUUCUAUAAGGCUUUGACCUCCAAAACCAACCGCCGAUUUGUGAAGAAGUUUGUGAAGACACAGCUCUUCUCCCUUUUCAUCCAGGAAGCUGAGAAGAGCAAGAAUCCGCCUGCAGGCUAUUUCCAACAGAAAAUACUUGAAUAUGAGGAACAGAAGAAACACAAGAAACCAAGAGAAAAGACUGAUGUAAGAGCUGUGACGAACAGGAAAGACUAGACCUACGGGCCAGCUGUAGACUCUGGCCCCCACCAGUGUGGUAGGAUUGGCAAUACUCUCAGCCUCGAGAGUUCACAGCUUCCUCCCGAGUGCUGAGUCCUGGUGACUAGGUCUGACUUCAAACUGGUAUAUAAGUUUGGGAUCCUUGGUAUCAACUUCCCAGGACUUUUGAGGGCUUUGUCCCCAGACUCAAAGAACUGGACUCCAAACUGCAUUUCUUUUCAGAGGUGACACAGAGCAAGGAACAGUACAACUGGUGGUGUACUACCAUCUCCUGGGAACUAUUAUUAGAAAAUCCUCAACAGAGAGAGCCCCAAUAUUUGGUUCCCUCAAAUAAACAGAGGUCUAUGGACAUGUGAGGAUAAGAAUAAACAUAUGAAUCUUAUUGUUUAUGUGGGGCAAUACACGUGAGAACAAACUGGGCUAGAAGUGGGUUGUGUUUGGAGUCACAGAACCCUGUAUGUCAGCAGCUUUUUUUUUUUUUUUUUUUUGGUGGCACUGGGGAUUAAAUCUAGGGCCUGCACAUUGAGCUUUAUCUUUGUUUUUUUUUUUUUUUUUGCUUUUUCCUUUCUUUUUUUAUUGAGACAGGAUCUUACUAAGUCACAGAGUUCAGAUCCUACUCCUUCAGCCUCUCAGAAUGCUGUGAAUUCCCAUGUGUGCUACUUUGCCAGGCUAGCAGCUCCGCUUCUGAUAGGAAGGAUAAGAGAUCCUUGUAAAGGCAGCAGCAGCACCAGACGUAGGCAGCAGAGUCUUUGGAUCUCAAGAGAUCCUUCCUUCUUCAAUCCUGGGAGAGGCUGCUAGCUGGAAGGAGGCAGCUGUAGUCUAGGAUAACUUGAGGAGAAGACUCUCAGACAACAGGAGCUAGCUGGCUUUCAUAAAUAGGUGCCUGCCUAUCACUAAUGGGUUACCUGUCUAUCAUUCCCACUCCAGAAUAGUACUUUACUGUUAGUCUUACACAUUCUACCUCCAACUGCUUGUUAUUUUGAGAAGCCUAGUUAGGUGUUUUUUUUUUUAGCUAAAGGUAGAGGGAUCCCUGACUUGACACAUUUUUUUUGAAAAAACAAAAACCAAAAACCAAACCCCCCCCCCAAAGCCCCACCAGAAUAAUAAUCUUAAGAGUCCAAAGGGGUUUUGCGGUCACUGAGUUCCUCCUCCCUCUAUGCCUCCACUGACAGCUUCUGUUUAAACACUGCAAGACACAGGAAACAUUUUUGGAAGGAUCUUUCAAAAGGAUCUUUUAAAAUUGCUACCUUUAAAAAUGUGAUCCAGUGUGGUCCUCAGGUCUGACUUCUAUACAGGGAACAUUCUGGAGAGUAGAAUGGGGGGAAAUGGGUAGCAAACUAAAGUUAAAGCCAAUGUAGUGUGAUUUCGAGAUGUAACACACAUUUCACUGUCCACACCACCCAUAACUAUGCUGCUAUUCUUGACAGCUUCGAAGAAUCAUUAUACCUUUUUGGGUUAAUUUAUGACUAGUUCCUAAACCUAGUUGUAUCUCAAAAGGUUUUAGAACAAGAGAUAGAAUCCUGGGAAGCUAAUGAAAAUACUGGUAAUAGGAUCUGGAAAUUGGUAGGAUUUAAAAGCUUCUUGGGGUGAUUUUGAUAGCUGGUAAAUAAACACAAGAAUCAGGGCUAGCUGAAGUUUUCUACAAAUGUAUCCUGGAUCUGAUGCUGGUACCUAGUACUGAAGGCGGCAUACACUGAAUAUUUGGUGCUUUCCCAGCUUGUCUUUAUUCUUAAAAAGAUUCUAGAACAUAUACAUUUCAAUUAGCCUGGACAGUUUGGUUUUCAGCUUUGUAUGGUAAAGGGGAAAACACUGGAUAGGAAUCAGAAGGUCUGGAUUCUAGCCUCUAAUUUGAAAAAUAUCAAUACUGUGUGACACUGGUAUACCAUUUAGCCCCUCCACCUCAAUUUCUGUUGUAGGUAAUUAACACCUGCUAAGUAUGGUGUAAUAAUCGAGUAAAACAACAGCUACAACUGUGUCCAGCAAGAUUUAUCCUUCUUCCUUUUUCGUGCUUUGUCCUAGCUUCCCAAACUUGAACUGCCCCAGAGUUUUCCUAUCCUAGGUGUUGGAGAAGUUGCUAGCAAGAAAAGGUAAUGAGAGAUUUCCUUUCUAUCUGCAGUCUGGCAAAGAAAUGAAAAAUUUAACUCUCAUUGCCAAUCCAGAUGUACCCUGGAUUACUGGAACCAUUCGAAGUGUAAGAAACCAUGGUCCCAGCUGCUAGACCAUGCAGUGCAAUUACUAUUUAUUUGUGAUUGUGGAAAAAGAUACUAAUAAAAGUCAUUAAUAAGAUA